AUGGCUCUUCCCGCUAAGACUCCGCCACCCCUACCAAGGGACCCCUCACCACCUCCUGGCUCACCCACGCCAUCACUCAACACUCCAUCUACACCAACUGGCUCACCACCAUUGUCUCCAUCUUACGUAGCUGCGGCUGUUACGUCUGUAGACAAUUCUUGUACAUCUCGCAUCAUCGGCUCCAUCGCUGGUAAUGGCGCUCCACGCAUAUGGAAAGAAGGCUCCUCUCCAUUUUCUGUUUUCUACGAGGUCCCUGCUGAGGGAAACCCUCUCCGUCCUUUGUUCUUUGAGGCUCUUAACACCGCUUUCCCAUUGGGUGUUGGCCGCGGCCUCACAUAUGCCUCUCGUACUUCCCGCACCUCCUUCGAAUUCCAUCUAGUAGACCAAGAAGCAUGCUCGCGCGCAUGCCAAGUUGGCUUUCCUUUUAAUGGACGUACUGUCUUCGCUUCUCCUGCCAUUCCUUCGACGUUUAAGCUCUUGCGCUUACGUGUGUCUCGACUUCCUCUUCACGGAUAUGCGGAUUUUGAUGAACUUGCCGAGAAUCUUCGCCGCUGCCUUGCUAUAUACGGACAGGUUCAGGAAAUAUCCUUGAAUUUGAAAUAUAACUACCCCGACGGCACAGGCACCAUCCAUAUGCUGCGCCCACCUAAUCCUGAUCUUCAUCUGCGUCACUUGGAACAUGAGAUCAAGUAUAAUGAAACUACAACUUUCCUUGCCACUUGGGCAUGUAUGGGUACUCAUUGUACUUUCUGUAAAGAGAUGGGUCACGAGAAAGAAGCUUGCACCAAGCGACCCAAAGAAACCCGCACCUGCUUCCGCUGUG